UCGGCACGUGCGUGGCAUUAAGCGAAGCACCGCGAACAAUUGAACGCGAUAAUUCGAUUGCCGGUGCAUCUGACGCCUCAAGUUCCGGCUUUCGCCUGUCCGAACGUAUGUAUGGGACGCGCGUAAUCGCGGCUCAUUAAGCGUUACGAGCUUGAACAGAGCGCCGGCCGUUUGAUCGUCCACGUCGCGCCGCUUUGUUCGCUGAUGUAACAUGGUGCACCUGCAGUCACGUGGCGCCGACAAGCUCUCGCACGCCCGAUAAGCUGAGGCUGCUGCGCGAUUCGGCGGGGAUUUAAGAGCACCGGAGCCGCCGAUUAUCGAUAACUCUGUCGGCGAGCCGCGGGCGAUCGAUUCGACCCCUUCGACUGGCCAACCCGGUUUCGCGAAGCCGUCGAACAGAGCCGAAGCGAUCGUAGGCCGAUCGUGGGCCGAGUCCCCGGCUGCGACGGUUCUACUUGUUGCGAGGAACCGCGUCGGGAGGAAAGGGAGAGAAAAAAAGAGAGAGGACAGCACUUGCGAAGAACGAAGAGAACGAAUAGCCGUUUCCGCAAAGCGGGGCGAAAAUCGCGAGUGUGCCGAUCGUGACCGUGAUCCACGUGUGCUCGUCGCGAAUGUGCCGCAACUGUGAGGAACGAAGUCGCGGGUGAGUGGCCCGGUGUCGUGGACCCCUGCUGGGUCCGAGCUGAACAGCAGGACGGCGACGUCGAUCGCUUCCUGAGCCAAUCGAAAAGGAAGAGUCGAUCCGAUCGCGCGAUGUCGCGUUGCAACGACGACCCCGUCGUCGCCCCGGCACGUCGCGAGCUGCGCGCAAUGGGAUGAGAGAGCGGAUGAUCGACGUGUGCGGAAACAGGUGUAGGUGGACAUCCCCGAGCGUGUACUCGGGCGGUUUCGGCAAGAGCAAGAGCAAACAAAGACCGGAAGGCUGGAUCACCUCCGUGGAAUGUCUUCGGGCGCCAAGCGGCUGGUGCAGUCGCUUAGGGGCCGAACCGGCGGUAGAGGCACCGGCGGCGGUCGAUCCGACGCCGGUGCCGGGGACGACGGCGGCGUCGGCGGCGGCGGGGCCAGCACCAGUGCGACCCGGCUGUGCCACUACGACAGUGGACACGAGCUGGACGAGAUCUCGGUGAUCGGAGCUUCCGUGAGGGGCAACGAAGGGCUGACGACGCCCACCACACCGUGUCACUGCAGGACUCUCAAGUACGGCAGCGGACAGACGCUUUGCAGCAUCACCGGAUUGGUCCCGCCCGCACCCGCCGCACCCGCGCACAGGACACAGUCCGGCGUCAUCACAUCGGCUGGCGGUGGCGGUGUGAGACAUCGUCUGAGCGUCGGUUCCGCGUCCGCCCUGAGCUGCGGGGGUGAGAAGCACCGGGAUGGCAGGACCGGAAGGACCGGCGAUGGCAGAGGCGGGGGCGGCAGGGAAAAGGAAGAUGACACCAAGAGCGCGGAGAACGUGUCCAGGGCGGUUUUACCCUCGAGGCAGAGCCUCUUGGACCUCGUCAGCAGUAAAUUCAUAAGCCGACACACACCCACGCACCACUACUACCACCAACAUCAGCAGCAGGUGUACUCUGUUUCGCAGCGUUACUUCAGCUCGUCGCGCGACUCGCUUCACGACGCGUACGUGAAUCGGAGAGCGAGCGAGCUCGAUCUGUGCCGUAAGCCGAAGAGGAGGGACCACCUAAGGGGCAGAUUCAAGCUACCGUAUGCGGUUGCUCUCACGCCGUCGCGCGAACAGUCACAUCUGCACACACCGGCGUCAGUCAAUCAUCUCAGCAACAGCAGCUGCAACGGCACCGAGACGAGGUACACGGCACAGCAGCAACAGCAACAACACGGUAGUAGGGGCUAUCCCGGGCAACCAGGAUCGAGGGGUUUCCGCACGGGCGCGCCGAACUGGUCCUUCAUCUUCGAUCCUGCGGGACGUCUCUGUUACUAUUGGUCGAUGGUGGUUUCCCUUGCCUUUCUUUACAACUUCUGGGUGAUCAUCUAUAGGUUUGCCUUCCAGGAGAUCAACGGAGAGACCCGUUGGGUGUGGUUCUGCCUGGACUACUUCUCGGAUUUUUUAUACGUGCUCGACAUAAUAUUUCACAUUCGAACGGGAUACUUGGAAGACGGCGUGCUGCAAACCGACGCCACGAAACUGAGAAAUCAUUACACAAACAGCACCACGUUUUACAUAGACAUCCUGUGCCUGCUGCCCCUCGACUUUUUAUACUUAUCUAUAGGAUUUAACAGUAUGCUGCGAAGUUUUAGACUCGUAAAAAUUUACCGGUUCUGGGCGUUCAUGGACAGGACCGAGCGACACACGAACUACCCGAAUUUGUUUCGCUCCACCUCCUUGAUACAUUAUUUACUGGUGAUCUUUCACUGGAACGGGUGCCUCUAUCACAUUAUUUAUAAGAACAACGGCUUCGGCAGUAAGAACUGGGUGUUCAGCGACUCCGAGACGGCGGACGUGGUCAAGCAGUACCUGCAGAGCUACUACUGGUGUACUCUCGCUCUGACGACCAUCGGUGAUUUGCCCAGACCGAGGAGCAAGGGCGAGUAUCUUUUUGUGAUUGGUCAGCUGUUCUUCGGAUUGCUGCUGUUCGCAACGGUGCUGGGACACGUCGCAAACAUCGUCACUUCCGUCAGCGCAGCGCGAAAGGAGUUUCAGGCGAAGCUGGACGGCGUGAAGACGUACAUGAGGAUGAGGAGAGUGCCGAACCAUCUGCAGGUGAAGGUGAUCAAGUGGUUCGACUACCUGUGGUUGACGCAAAAGUGCUCCGACGAGGAGAAGGCAGUGAGUUGUCUUCCAGAUAAGCUGAAGGCGGAGAUCGCGAUAAACGUGCACCUGGACACGCUGAAGAGGGUCGAGAUCUUCCAGAACACGGAGGCUGGCUUCCUGUGCGAGCUGGUGCUGCGACUACGGCCCGUUCUUUUCUCACCUGGCGACUACAUCUGUCGCAAAGGUGAGGUGGGAAAGGAGAUGUACAUAGUGAAUAGAGGCCGACUGCAGGUGGUGGCCGACAACGGGAAGACGGUGCUCGCCACCCUAAAGGCGGGUUCCUACUUCGGGGAGAUCAGCAUUCUCAAUAUGGGGACCGCAGGUAACCGGCGAACAGCCAGCGUGCGCUCGGUCGGCUACUCGGACCUGUUCGUGCUCAGCAAGAAGGACAUGUGGGACGUGCUCAAGGAGUACCCAGCUGCCAGAGUACGCCUGGAAGCCAUCGCAGUCAAGAGGCUGGAGAAGUACAAGAGAACUCCUCUGGAGAAAGUCAUGAGCAGGUGUCAGAGCACACCCGGUCUGGUGGAGUCGCAGGGUCGCGUGCCUUUGGAGGAGAUGUGGGUAGCGCCGAUUGACCUCAAGUCCGCCCAAGUGUACUCGACGCCUCACUCGUUAUUCUCGCCGAGCCCGAGCCCGGUAACGUCGCGCGCCGUAACGAGCGUCGGGGCUAUAGCCGACGGAAACAACGUGCCCAGAGGCGCGGAGAGCCCGAUAAGUGCGACCAGCAGCGGGCCCAGCAGCGAGGAUCAGACGGCCAGGGUGCCGCAAUCGGCUGCUACGCUACCCUCCACCGGAAGGUCCACCCACUCUGGCAUGACCUGCAACAGCAUGACCCAGCUGGUGAGCGAGGGCGCGACGCCUUUGUUCGGCACCCACGAGGCACUGCUGGCAGAGAUUCAGCGUCUUCGCGAGCGCCUGAAAUGCCUGGAAACCGAGAACGCGACGAUGAGCAUCAAGCUGAACCAGCAGCAGUGGGAAGUCGAACAUCGGCUGGCCGAAAUCGAGAUGCAGAUUUGCGGGGCGAGUUCGACCUCGAGCGUCGAGGAUAACAAUGAGAGGAAUCGGGAGAGGUACAACGUCGACGAUCAAGAGGAGCCGGACGAUGCGAGGAUCUUCAGCGACACGAAGUCGAUCGGUAGCUUGAGUCAGCACCUCUUCGAGAGCGACGAGGACGAGCGUUACUACGGUACCUGCAACGGCUACGUCUCGCAGCCCGGCAGCAAGUCGAACCUGUUGUUGUGCAGCGAGUGUGAUCAGAAGACGCGUACCUGCACCUACCGACCGCAAACGCCUGGCUCCUUUGGCGGCAGAUACGUGGAAGAGCGGGUGGACGACCGACUGCAGGAGCCAGGAACCUCUCGUGCCUACAGAAGCCCGGUGAAGCUGUCCUCUCCACGCUCCUACCAUGCGGAUCAGGAUCCUGUGGCUCAGACGUCAUCGCCUCGGUCGUAUCAUGAUCCGGAACAGCCGGCGCUGAUCACGUCACCUCGAUCUUACCGAGGCCAGGAGCAGCAACGGCGCGGAUGGACCGCGAGGGACACGGACGAUCGAGGUGACGUCGACAGAGACCGCGACGAGAGCCCGAUCUGUGAGCUCUGCCGUGGUAACGGCUACGUGCACUGCGAGCACUGCGACUUCUCCAGCGAGGGCGACCUGAUCUGCUUCCGGUGCCAGAGCGACGAGGGCUCGUCCAACGGUCAGAUCUGUCCCCGUUGCGAGCGAGAGGCCGCCGGCACCGCAGCGUCCGCGGCAGGCAGAUCCGGCUCGGCGACGGGCGCCACGUCCUUCAGCGACGAGGGCAAGUACCCGGUGGACGCGGUGGUGAAGAUCCAAGUGAACGACAGGUCGAUCGACGUCGACUCCGAUGAGACCCCCGAGAGCGAGAGCUCGAGCAACCAUCUUCCCCAGAGGGGCACGAUGGAGAGGCUUGACACCAUCGUCGAGGCGAAGGGCGACACUGCCAGCGAGAACGACGAGGAGAACGGCGGCACGAAGCUCAACGGUACCACUAGCGCCAGAUAUCUCAAUUACAUGAUCGUGCUGUUCCUGUAAAUAAACGACGUUAAGGUAGAUGCGGCCGGGCCGCGGCUCACGGCUUGCUGUCGGGCACCGGAGCUAAAUUAUUGAACGGCGCGAUGCUCGUGAAUUAUUAAAUUAUCGGUUAUAUGCAGGGACAAGUGAUUACUAGACCGGCUCCACGUAAUUUUCUCGACAAUCGUUCGCCGUGAAAGAGAUAAUUUCGCGUAUAAUUUCACCGAAAUAAUUUCGCGUAAAUUAUUCCACGUUCUUUAUGUCAGAUUACGAAUCUGAUGAUUUCUUCUUAGUCGCGACGCGCCAGUCACCAACAACGUCGAAUCGUCGUUCAUAAAUCGAUCACAUGAAUCGAUCACACAUCCGGGGCCGCGGCGCGAGCCGCACUGUAAAUAAACUGCCACGGGACAUAAUUGAUCCGUACGUUAUAGGACCGUAUAGGUUAAAUAAUAGGUAGUCCAUAAUAGUUAAGACGCGAAAUCAAGUGUGGGAGAAACACAGGGAGGGAGGAAGAGUAUAUUAUGUUCGACGCGCGCAAGUGUUACCAUGAGCUGAGAUCCGUGACGCAACGGUCGACACGUUUCGAUGCGCGACUCUUGGAGUGGACUUGUGCAAUGAUUAUAAUUACUGUCUCGCAGAUUGGUCAUUAAUUCAAGCCCGCGUCGUUGCCAAUAAUUCGAAAUAAUGUCGCCUACGCUUAAUCACUGACACUAUUCGAGAAUCGCGUUUCUGGAUAUCGAAAUUGGAAUUUAUACAUAUUGACGUAAUACAUCAAAAUCAAUUUUUCAAUUAAAAUUUUUUUAAAUCAAUUUUUCAAUCAAUUAAAAUUCAAUCAAUUUUAAACAACCUUCGCCAAAAUGCUGAGAGAGAGAGAGAGAGAGAGAGAGAGAGAGAGAGAAAUGCGAAAACAAAACGUAAUGAUAGUAUUGUUAAUGAUCUCUCAGAUCUAAUCUCUUUUAAUUAUUCUUUGUUAAAUAAUAGAUUCAACAUUAUUUUCUUUAAUGUGUUACAACUUAAUAUGUACGUGCAAAUUUGAGUUGCAAAAAUCGCUAUACGAUUAAUUCGGCCACAUGCGAUGAUUUUUUGGAAGAGACAGGCGACACACCGGCAGUUGAGAUCACGAGUAAUUACAAUUCUUGCACAAUUCUUUACUAACUCAUGUUCGGGACCAACUAAAGCCAUCAUCUACAUCACUGUUUCCGACUUCCGCUUCCACCCGUGGUCAUCGUUUGUUCGUUUGGUCGUUUGGUCAACGACGAUGGGUUAUAAGGCACCGCAGAACCACAAGUAACCUACCAAUUCCCGACGAAAAUCGACGGCGUCGUCACCUUCGUAGGCAGCGUUCCGAGACAGUCGAACCGAAGACUUCGUUUCCGCGCAACAAAGUGAAGCGUAGAGAAAAAAAGAAAAACAAGGAAAGAACGAUGCGUUUAGAGACGAUGCACACGAGCGCACGAAUAACAGCAAAUAACGCAGGAGGAAAAAAAGGGAGAGAACAUAGAAUGCGAUUUCGUUCUCCUCGCACGUUUGUAACACGCGGCAGCGGUUUUUUUAAUAUUUAUAAAUCAUCGAAUAGCCUUUACUAGACGUGUACAUUUUUUUAACGUUCAUCCCGUCUCGUUAUACCUGGAGCUUCGGAAAACGAAUUGAACUUGUGAGAAGAAUAGUGACAGAUAGAAAGAAAGUAAAAGAAUAUAUUUAAUUGUAUUGUCCAAGUGUGACUGUUGAGGCUGAUGUGAUUUCGGAGAAAAAUUUGUGCAAUUGUUGCGCUUUCAAUAUGUCGCAGAUGAAUAUAGAAAUUAUUUCAACGUGUCUCUAGGGUAUUAAAAUUUGAACUGAUCGAGACGGUGGAUCAAGAAAUGCUUAAAAGUUUUCGCAAAAAAAUCUUAUCAAAAGUGAAGUAUCUUGAAAAAUCCUCAAAAGACAUUGAGUAUUGAUAUAAUUCGAUAAUUAAUCAAGCAGAACAGUGUGCAGGAUGCAGACUUAAGAUGUUGUGACUUAAGGUGUCCCAGGUGGGAUACACGUCACGGUAAAUUGCUCAAAUUUCCAUCCGAAAUUAUACCGGUACCAACCUUGGACUCUAAAGCGAUGUCGACUCGAGGAGCGAGGGGAGAAGUAACAUCAAUUUCGCGGGACUAGACUCAUGUCAUCUGUAUGAUACUCACGCUGAAUAAUGUCUACCAUGUAAGGGAUUAUCCUUAAGAAGUAUCAGUACCCGGUAAAUUGAUCCCGCCGUGUUGCGAGGUCGCGGUAAUUCGAGAAAGAGGGUGAGAAGGGGUGAGCGAGGUGGACAAGAGAAAAGGCAAACAUCACGAUCGGUCGUUCAGUUCGGAAUACAUGUAGUGAUCAAGUGCUCUUACUACGAAGAUUAAAAGCCACGGAGGAUCCCCUCGCAUAGAAUCGAGCGUGCGCGAUUCGCACAGCCUCUCGAGUUACGGCGCGCCUCGGCGAUCGAGGGAGAACAUCGUUCUACUGCCACGUUGAUUUAGAAUACCUCUGUAAAUUCGUUAGGAUUUGUAACGUUAGAUUGACUUCGAUAACGUUGAGAAACGCAUCUACUCCCGCAUAGGCGCGAUCCCGAAAUGGACGAAAUUUGAGAACAAGUCGAGUUUCUCUGUCUCCGUCUCUCCGCAGAGAUCCGAUUGAGUUCGUCCAGAGGGUGAACAUCUUUGCAAAAGUUACUCACUGUCGAAGUAAAGCGUAUUUGACGGACGAAAGUACGUCGUGGUAAAUUAAGGAUAGAUUUCAAAGUCAGAUUUGCGGGAAAGAGAGAGACAGAUAGAGCAAAGUAAAACUCGAAAGUUGUGCUUUUGAGAGUUCUACAUUCGAAGUAGCUCUCGAGGAGUACCUACGUGCAGUUAUCAGGUGGCAGUCACUGUCUGUGCCAAGUUCGUUUCAAGACAAGGGUUUUGUCAGUACAGCUGACAAAAGCUCUCGAAGACUAAGACCUCCUCGAGUACACCCGAGGAGGUCUAAGUUUCACGCGUGUUCUACUAAGGAGAUGUUCCCUCUCAGGUAAAACAUUAGAACCCUUCAAACGUUUCUCUAGACACCGUGUAUCUUGUGCGAAAUCUAUAUUUCAUGUUCUGCAACUUGCAACAACGCUAUAUCGAUUGAUAAAUAGCGAAAACGAGAGAGAAAGAAAACGAGACGGUGAAAGAGAGAGAAGGAGACAGAGAGGGGAGGGUUCGCGCAUUAGUCACUGCAAGGGAAGCAAGUGCGUUUAAUCAGCCUUACUUAGACAAUUACUACCUACAUUAUUGUACUAAAUUUGUACGCGUGUAGCGUGAGAGCGAUUAGCGUACGCGUGUGUGUGUAUUCGGCGUAUUUCAAUCACAAUCACCGACCGAAUGUGCUGUGGACAACGACGAUCUACGAGCAACGUGUGAUAACGCGUAACGCAUGCGCGCGUAUGUUACGUACAUUAUUAUAUACGUAAUUAUCAUUUGCAGUUCGGCAUCGACACACAUAGCAUUAUCUUGCGUUUAAAAACCAAAUUGCUCUCAUCAGUGUAGAGCUUUAGUCUUAACUCAACAAUUAUGUGCACAAUUACGUAAUAACCGAAACUUGUUAUAGUGCUAGGCGCCAAAUUAAUCUUAAAGGAGCCAACAUACCCCGUCCGCCAAAUAACUAAAUAGGGGCGAACCUACCUCCCCCCAUCCGCCAAUUUCGCGAUUUUAAUAAUUUCUUUAUUAAAAAUUAUUUUUAUUCUUACAAAUUAGUACUUUACAGCUACAGAAAAUUGCAUCUUAACUAAUAACAUGUCACUUGACACAUUCGUUAUAAGCGUGACAUUUUUUUUUGUCCAAAUUACCAGAUUAAAUGUUUUACACAACUACGUAAAAAAAUAAAAAAAUACAAAGUGGUUUGUGAGGGCGACCCUUCAAAUAAACCAUGGUAGCGAUUAUGUCAAGUUUAUUCAAGCACAAAGGAGAAUAUUAAUAUUAACAUAAAUAUUAUGAAUUUAUGAAUAUUAAUAUAAAUGUUGAGACGUUCGAAAAUCUACUCGGUUGCUCUUGAAUCACAAUUAUGACGCGAAUACUGAUUUGUGACGUAUUUUUUUAACAAAUCGACUCAGUUUCAUGACUUAUAAAAAUAUGAAAAUUAUUGGAAUAAUUUUAAUUUUUUUAUUUAUUUAUUUUCUCCAAUUGUCCUUUGCAAUAAAUAUCUAAUUUCAAGACAUUAUUAUUUGUUAUCAGUAUUCCUUAUAGAUUCAAGAUGAUUACAGGUUUGUAUUGCAUAUUAUUCAACUAAAUGAUAUAAAUAAUGACAAAUUAUUUCACAGAAAUGAACUUUUUAUCCCAAAAGUAAAUUUUCAAGUACUUUUCUCAAUAUAUAAGUAAUCUGCUAUUUUCUAUAUAAAAAUUUAUUUUUACAU